GUUAGAUGCGCUUGAGGUUGGGGCUUAGAAGUUAAUUCUAGCAAGAGUGUGUUCAUGCACAUCGGACACGGUAAUAGUUAUCAUUAUAACAUUGAUGGUACAUCUCUUCCACGCGUUCAAGAACAUAAAAACUUAGGAGUAACAACAGGUCAUGACUUGAAAACAAUUACACAUUGCAACGCAGCUGCUGCUAAAGGUUAUCGUGAGUUAUGGUCACUUCGCCUAGCAUUCAAAUGUUUUGACAAGGAAAUGUUUCGAAUUUUAUAUCCUACCUAUGUAAGACCACACUUAGAGUACUGUAUUCAAGCAACUAGUCCAUGUCUGAUAAAGGACACCAACUCACUUGACCGUGUUCAGCCUGUGAGAACAGAAUUAGUGAAGGAUCUUUCUAAACUCCUUACUAUGAGCGCUUAAAACGCCUAAAC